CUCAAUACUCUGCAAUUCACCCAACAUACAACCACAUCUAUACAACAUGUGGACGACCAAGCUUAAUUCUCUGGCAGACCUAUGAACAUGCGAUGCAUCGCUCUAUGGAACCAGGAUGAAAACCGAGGCCGACAGGAACGGGGCCGACAGUCCAUAUCUCCGCUAUGUACAAAAGCAUAGCCACCGACAUCCGAGCCUCAAGCUCCUCAGAGAUCUUCCCGAAGUACCCCAACAUCCGACUCGGAUCAAGAUACUUGAGUUUAGAGGCGACGGUGUCGACAAUGUGGAUUUCAACAAGGUUGCGCAAUUGGAAGCGUACUGGUCUGCAACCGCUGCUGCCUCAACCGACUGCAAAGGCCGACUAUACCUCGUUGAGGAUAUAUCACUGCCUUAUAUCUCUUCCUUUGGUCUGCGAUUCAACAUCGACCCGCGAUUCUUCGUUGAAUACUUGAAUUUCGACCCGGAUCGGAAUCAAAACUUCCUCAGCGGUUACCAUCCGAUGCGACGCCUCACCUCAUUAAGGAAUCAGACCGACUUCGCUACGUUCGUGUAUCAUGAGAUCAGGGCUUUUAGCGGGACAGCCCCAAGGAGAGAAGAUUACGAGAUCCGGACGAUGACCAAUGUACCCAGGCUGCUUACGACUGUGGACCACCACUCUGGACGAUUCACUGGGCUGGUACGGAGGAAUCUAAGCGUUUGGCGCAGGCCGAGUCAGGGAAACGAUAAGCCAUGGGAUGUGGUUAUUUUGGCCGACCCAGCUGCGAGCGACAGGUUUACCAUCCGGAACUGGAAGAAGAUGGCCUGGACUAGUAUAUCAUGCCAGAGCUCGCCAUAUCUAGAGGGCUAUCUGGAUUUUACGUCUUGGCCGCCACCACAAGAGGAUGUUUCGUUGCCGGACUACCCUUCUCAACAUCGCAGCAUGCUCGAUGAUAUCGCCCGAUACUGGUGUGGAGCCUCGCCGCUUGACCUCAAGCUCGCUGAACAAGACCCCAGCUAUUCACCGAUUUUCGCCUAUCGCAUCGUCGCUGCACACUGGAACCUACAGUUAGAGUACCUCGUCCCAGUGGUCAGCAACCUCGAAAAGGGUCUCCUUAAGUUCGAGCAGAUGGAUGCGCAUCCGCACGCCGAGUCCAUAAACAAUGAAGUGUCGGCGCUUCGUGUUCUCCUCUCGGAUGUGAACUCGUGGCGUCGGCGCGUGUACUUCUAUCUCGAGCAGAUGAAGUGGAACAUCGAAGUCCUUGGACUGCCACACGGGGGAGUCAUGGAAAGGAUCAUCGGCAUGGAUGAAGAAGAGUGUGAAGAAAAAGUGCCACAUCCGUGCAGAGAUCCGAGGAAGAGGCAAGAGAGGGAUGCGAAUAUGCUGGCAGCAACGGACUUUCACGCGAUCUUGAUCUCCCUCCGUUUAACUCAGCAGCGGAUCCAGUCGCUCCUUCCUGUCGUAAUGGGCGCCUUCAGCCUCCUCGAAGCGCAGCACUCCGUCCUCAAGGCCGAUCUCACUAUCCGCUUAACCAGCGUCGCUCUAGUGUUCGUUCCACUCUCAUUCACCGCAAGCGUGUUAAGCAUGUCAGAAGACUUCAUUCCGGGGAAGAGGCUGUUCUGGGUCUACUUUGUUGUUUCGGCCCCGAUGAUUAUCGCGCUGUUUUGGUGGGCGUAUUGGGUGCAAUUGGGAAGUUUGAAGAGGAGGAUGGCAGGAAAGUUCUGGAGGGCGAAGUUGGGCAGAGAGGCGAAGGAGGACUGACAAGUAUGCCGAAUGCACCUUCCUCAGCGAUUUGCGUAUAUCGAUUCUCUGGACACUUUGCUGUGUUUCCUCAGCAGUUUGCGGAACCAAAUCCGUCGAUAAAAAUACCCAUCGAGCAUACGGAACUCGUCCAUUGAUGCAACAUACAUCGACCACCAAGCCAUUUCUUGACAAAUCGUCUAUCGCUGACAAUCCUUAAAGUCAAGAUCGACUCUAAAGCCAUUUCAACCAGAUCACAUGACACCUUCCACGUCCGCGGCUUUCUCGCCGCAUUUAUAAGCGGCUUCGCUU